UAAUCGAACCGAGAAAAGAAUUUGUUUUGUCGGAAUUUUGCUUUCCAGUGGCCGCGCCACCGGUCACACAACAGAUUUGACGUCGGCAUACCGCAUCCUUCUGCCGCUGAUCGCACGAUCUGCUCGUCUGUCUUCUCCGUUCGAUCCACUAUUCGACCUUACUCCCCAUACUCGUCAUGAAGAGCGACUUCUUGGGUGCAGUCCUCGUCAUAGCCGCCGCAGUUGCGUCCAACCUUGGCGUGAAUGUCCAGAAACGAUCCCACGACCAGGAAGAUGCCAAGCCAAAGGAACAGCAGCGUUCGUACGCGCGACGUCCGUUUUGGUGGAUUGGGAUGUUCCUCGUCGUGUUUGGGUCCCUAGGGGACUUGUUUGCGCUCGGGUUUGCGCCGCAAACCCUCGUUGCGUCUUUGGGUGGUGGGUCCACGAUUGUCGCGAACGUCUUGUUUGCCCAUUUUUGGCUGAAACAACCCCUCUAUUUUACCGACGUUGUGGGGGUUGUGCUUGUGUCGACAGGGGUCGUUGUCCUCGCACUGUCGUCUGCUGAAGAAGGUCAUUAUGAAGUCGCGCAACUAUUUGACAUGAUGCGCGAGCCCGCGUUCAUUGUUUACGUCAUCUGCACGUCUAUUUUCUUGUCGUGCUUGAUUCUUCGCGUGCGUCGAAGCACGUCCCCCGCGCUCCGCGUCGUCGACGUGACGGAAGAAGUGCGCAAGAAGGAGCUGGCGGACAUCGAGAAGAGCGUGCAAGAAUCUGAAGUUUCGUCCACGACUUCGGCCACAUCGUCCGUUCGCCCAUCGAGCAAUGGGUCGAGCACUGAACACCAUGAAUCUCCAUUCCCGUCUCCCGUCCACGAAUCGGUCGAAGACAAAGGCCUGAUCAACGAAAAAUCCCCCAACGGUGGAAAGAUCCUCGUGUCGCAGAAACAAUCCCUCGUGAUCGACAAGCAUCUGCCGCUUUACUGGGCUGCGAUUUCGGGUACGCUGGGUGCUCAAUCGGUGCUGUUGGGCAAGUGUGUGAUGGAGCUCAUCAACAUGAGUUUCAUUGGCGAAAACCAGUUCAUCUACCCGGGGACGUGGAUUCUGUUGGCGGGCAUGGUUGUGUGCCUCUUGAGCCAAACGCAUGCGCUCAACAAGGCGACGAUGUGCGGAGACACGAUGUCGGCGUACCCUGUCUUUCAAGCCUUCUGGAUCGGCAUGAGCAACAUCAGCGGCAUUGUGUACUUUCAGCAAGCGCACGAAUUCAACGCCGCCCAGUGGAUCAUGUUUCCCAGUGCGUUGGCGCUCGUCAUGGUUGGCAUUAUGCUCAUUGCCAAGCACGAAAAGAUGGGCAACCACGUCAAGUAUUCGGUCGCAAUGCCGUUGCAACUGAGCAGCCCACGCCAGCAUGACAUUGUCGCGCAGUCGUUUUUGUUCAAGGAGAUGACGCCCCAACAAGACCACGGCCUCGUCGAGAUUCCCCUUAUGGACGGUACGACGCCUACGGCGGUCACGGCUGCCGUCUAGACCGCUCGCCCGGAUCGACGCUGAAGUUUCCAUAUUUAACACGACUCAAUGACAUGGCUGUUGCGUAUAUGCGUUUGGCCUCUGUCCAGCGCCACACUCGUUGACGUGGCCCAUGCACCCACUUCUCGCUUGGCACAUUACACGAACGAAGCCGUCCCGACAUGCAGCUUCCUCUUCGCGGGAUUUCAUGCCAUGGCAAAACCUUCCCGUUCUCCAUGCGUGAUGCCGUCGCAUUCCGCUCGGACAAUUUCC